AUGACUAUCGGCACGCAUCCUCACCGCCAGGACGCGGAUAAGUGCACUUACAUGCGUGUUGCCGCUAUGAGUCAACCAAAUCACAUUACAUAUAACACACGUUGGGAGAUGGAUCCCGAGAGAGCAACUCAGGGGAUGUGUACAGACGGCACCACACUUACAUGUUUCGUCUCGAAUGGAAGCAGAUCUCAAUCGCCACUGAACAGGCAAAUCUCACAACUGUACACCAACUUUUCCUCUUAUUGGAUCUACAUACCCUAUUCAUCUCGUUCCCACGAAGCCGUGUGUCAAAAUGCAACUCUGCUGGAACACGUACAAACACUUACUCACGGUACACAACUGCUUUCACCAAACUCCUUGCCUGUGUACAGCAAGUUGGGGAGCCAUUCAUUCUCCAAGCCUGACUUAGACGCCAUCGCUGACCACAAGCAGUACAUGUACCCUUCUUCGAAUCUGAUGGUAGGCAUCGGCUCCAUACCCAGCAGGAUGCCAAACCCUAUUGCCGAGGAGACAUUUGAAGGCAACCUCAACGACGCCCGAGCGGCAGGCCAGAGCAGAUUUGUCUUCGCCAUAUCAUCAACCGUCAUCAGCCAAGGGACAAGCAUAGUACAGGUCAUCCGAACUCUGCGUUCUUAUUCGCUCGCCGCUCCAGACAUGCUCCCACCACCAGUCGGACAUGGCUUCAACCUGAGCCUGUUUAUCCGAUUCAUGAUGAUAACCAGAGCUUGUGGUAGCUUAAAAGAUGAUAAUGACCUUAUCGAAGCGCUUACAUCAAAUAUCAUCAGCCGCUACAAGACACCCGAAGGAGCAAGGCUGUCUUUGUUUGCUUCAAGAGAUCAAAGUGCCCAAGAAAGGUUUCGAAAGAAGGUUUUGAAGGCAUACGAUGCAGUAAAUUAG